ACGUAAGGUAAUAUACGUUAAUAAUAUCGUGAACGUUCGUAAUAUUUUCAUGCGGGCUGAGGGAAGAGCCUUGCGCACUGCAGUAACGCUAUACAUUCAUCAAUACAUGAACUGUGGAUGUGGUGCAUGCUGAAUACAUGUCGGCAGACCAUAAUAACAUGUCCCUAUUAAGAGAGUUUGCUUGCGCGACAAUAUAAUCUUAUUCGAGAUAUUUUGUGCUGUUGCUCAUCUCAUGUGAUCGAGUGGCCAAAGCCGCUCUGUCCUCCAACAACAGAUGAGAGGCAAACAGUUUCCACAACUUCACUUUCCUGCAUUGGGGGACAAGAAUGCUGUUUAUGACAGAAAACUCAAAACACAUCAUACUACGAAAAUAAUCGUCCAGCCUGGAAUCGUAAUGAAAGUGUUGCGGAGAAAACGAAUCGUUCUCUUUAUGGCAUAUUUUCUGCUGUUGGUUCUCACCAUGCUGAACUUGGCUAACUACAGGUGGGCCAAAGACCCUCAGCAGUGUAAUCUUCAGAUGAGAAGCACUUCGUAUCAGGGCAGAUCAGACAUCCGAUUUCUUUACAGACCAUCCAUUGCUAAGAAGAGACAGCUUGUGUACGUUUUGACGACGUGGAGGUCAGGAUCAUCCUUUUUUGGAGAGCUAUUCAAUCAACACCCUGAAGUUUUCUUUCUGUAUGAACCCAUGUGGCACAUCUGGCAGAAGCUGUACCCGGGUGAUGCCGUGUCCCUACAAGGAGCAGCGAGGGACAUGCUGAGCGCCUUGUACCGCUGCGAUCUGUCUGUUUUUCAGCUGUACAACAGCCCCGGGGGUAAGAACUUCACCUCUCUUGGACUUUUUGGGGCCACCCUUAAUAAAGUAAUCUGUUCGUAUCCUCUUUGCUCCACCUAUAGGAGGGAUGUGGUCGGGAUGGUGGAUGACAAAGUGUGUAAAAAAUGCCCUCCGCAAAGCCUCAGGCUCUUAGAGGAAGAAUGCCUCAAGUACAAAACUAUAGUCAUUAAAGGGGUGCGUGUUCUGGAUGUCAACGUUUUGGCCCCCCUGAUGGAGGAUCCGACUCUGGAUCUUAAAGUGAUUCACCUCGUGCGAGACCCUCGGGCCGUGGCUAACUCCAGAAUCAAAUCUAGGCACGGAUUGAUUCGUGAGAACUUGCAGGUGGUGCGAAGCAGGGAUCCGAAACUCCGCCGGAUACCCUUCGCCGAUCCCGGACACAAAAUUAGCAAAAAGGAUGGAGCGGAUUAUCACUCUGUUGGGGCUAUGGAGGUGAUAUGCGAUCGGACCUUCAGAAGUUUGAGGACCGCCUUAAAUCCACCCGGCUGGCUGAAAGGGAAAUACAUGGCGGUGCGUUAUGAGGAUCUAGUGGAUAACCCUGUGAAAGCACUCCAGAAUGUUUAUCAGUUUGCCAAUCUGAGUUUUAAUCUGGACAUCGAAUCUUUCGCUCUCAACAUGACCAAUGGCACAAGCUCUUCCUCAAAGCCGUUUAUUGUGUCGGCCAGGAAUGCCACUCAGGCUGCCAGUGCAUGGAGAACAGUGUUGAGUAUUCAGCAGAUAAAACAAGUAGAGGAGUACUGCUAUCAGUCGAUGGCCAUCUUGGGUUAUGAACGUGUAAGAACUGCUGCGGAGGCAAAGGACCUGAGUAAAUCUUUAUUGACUGCCUCCAAACUGUGAUACAGUUCUCUCGACAGAAGAAAUGGAGCAGUAACUGAGGAGUUGUUUUAGCUGAAAUAUUUCUUUAUGAAACGUCAUAGUUCUUUUAGGUUAUUUUGUGGUCAUUCAAUACAAGCACGAUUAUUUUGGGACAUGUAGAUUUGAAAAAGCAGCAACUAUGAACUAAGAGUAUUUGAAUCUUUUUUUUAUUGUUCAAACCAAAUUCUAAAUGAAACAAGGUUUGUAUUGUAUUGUUUCUGGUCAGUUUUUGAAAUUCUGUUUAUUUGCUAGCUGAAAAAGUGAACAAUGAAAAUGAUUAAUCGCAUCCAGAAUAGUUUACAUAAUAUAUGUCUGUGUACUUUGCAUA